UAUCAAUCAACCUGAAAACUGGCAUAACAAAGCAAAAAAUGUUGGCGCCAAAUACAGGAUAAGUCACAAUUUUUUAAAGCAAGAAAAGUAACUUUUUGAUGACACAUUCCCUUUAAUGGGCUUCAUUGAUGAAUAGAGGCUGAGAAGAGGCCAUUAUUGUUUCUUUAUUGGACACGGACAUGUUUCUGAGGCCUCUUCUCAGCAUGUGGCUGAGGUUCUAUAUUUUCAUCCUCUGGUCUUUGGUCUCACCUGGACGAUCUAUUCCAUGUAAUCUUCGUGGCAAACAAGAGGCGGCAUUUUCACGGGACGGUGAUCUUAUUAUUGGGGGAUAUUUCCCAGUGCACGUAUCGUAUAUAGAUCCUAGUUACUCAUUCAGAGAAAGAGACCAUCAGAUUACCUGCAAUGUAUACAGCGCUUCAUACUACAUUUUGCUUCAUGCCAUGGUUUAUGCCAUUGAGGAGAUAAAUGCCGACAAGUUUCUGCUCCCUAACAUCACCCUAGGCUUCCAGUUGUUCGAUACCUGUAUACACCUGUCCCGGGCUCUCUGGGCCACAUUUAUCACCCUGACAGGAGAAGACAACCCCAUUCCAAACUAUCAGUGUAAUAAGAAGGUGCCUCUCGCCAUCAUAGGUGACCCAAUAUCACUUCUCUCCAUAGCAAUGGCCACAAUAUUGGGCGUCUACAGGUAUCCCCAGGUCAGCUAUGCCGCAUCUGUAAACUUACUAAGCGAUCGCUACUUAUUCCCAUCUUUUUUCCGUACUGUUUCCAGUGAUGCCAAGCAGUCAGUAGCCUUGGCCGGAAUGGUUUCCUUUAUGGGUUGGAAGUGGGUGGGGUUGCUGUCUCUCAAUAAUGACUAUGGAAUUCAGGGAUCACAAAUCCUCAAAGAAGAGCUGCAGAAGUUGGGUGUGUGCAUCGCUUACCAUGAGACGUUUGGCCAAGAAACUUCCUUAGCAAAACUUCAGUCCAUAGCAAAAGUUAUUGUCCAGUCCUCGGCAAAGGUCAUCAUUCUGUUCUCCCGAGACCCUCACAUCCACCAGCUGAUGGAAUUGCUAUUACAGAAGAAGGAUGUGGAGAGAAUCUGGGUUGCCAGUAAUGGCUGGUCAACUUCACCAAUAUUGUCUAUUCCGAAAUACAGUCACUUAUUGGCUGGAACCAUUGGAUAUAUAGUACAUGAAGUAAAUGUGCUAGGGUUUAAAGAAUAUUUUCUGGGGCUUAGAGCAUCUACUUUACUCCCUCAAGAUAUAUUCAUAAAGGAUUUCUGGGAGUUAGUUCUAGGCUGCCGGUGGCCAAGUGGUGGUUCUAGCGGAGACAAUAAGACUCUGUGGUGCACAGGAGAAGAGAACCUGAAAUUAUUGUACACCAGAAGUUAUGACAGCAAUAACUUUAACUUCAGGAUGCCAUAUUUUAUAUACAGUGCAGUAUACUCAUUGGCCCAUGCCAUCCAUAAUCUAAUCUUUCCCUGUGCUCUGGACCAGGAAUCCCCCACACAUAAAAUAUGUGGAGAUCUAACCAGUAUUAAACCAUGGCAGGGAGACAAACUAACAGAGAGGAUUGUCAGUGAGCUAAGUAAGAAAGCCAAGAGGAAAGCAAAUGUACAGAAUCGAGUAUCAGAGGGUAAUCCAAAUACAAAGCCUAAGUCACAAAACCAGGUUUUCCACCGCCUGAAGAGUGUCUACUUCAGAAGUCGAAUGGGAGAAGAGAUGUUCUACGAUGUUAAUGGAGACCCCCCAACUGACUACGACCUUCUGAACUGGCACAGGAAUUCAGAUGGGGCUAUUACAUUUGUGACAGUCGGACGGUACCGAUUAGGUCAAGCUAAAGAAAACGAGCUGAGCAUCAAUAGCACAGCCAUCCGAUGGAUCACUGGGGGCAAUGAGAUUCCUAGAUCAGUAUGCAGUGAAAGUUGUUCCCCUGGGUUCCGGAAAGCUGCUAAAGAAGGACAACCGAUGUGCUGCUAUGACUGUGUCCCUUGUGCAGAUGGUGAAAUAUCCAACCAAACAGAUUCAAGCAACUGUUUCCCAUGUACGGAAGAGACGUUGCCCAAUGCCAACAAAACCAUUUGCCUUCCUAAAGAAAUUGAAUAUUUGUCAUACGGGGAACCACUUGCAAUCACAUUAACGUCCUCCGCAAUCUUCUUUUCUUUCACCACCAUUGGGGUUUUGUUCACAUUCGUCAAGUACAAAGACACGGCCAUUGUGAAAGCCAAUAACAGCGAUCUUAGCUACGGCCUCCUCGCCUCACUGUCCUUGAGUUUCCUCUGCUCUCUUCUCUUCAUUGGAGAACCGGAAAGAUUAGCCUGUCUCUUGCGUCAAACAGCUUUUGGAGUAAUAUUUGUUAUUUGUGUUUCUUGUAUAUUUGCUAAGACUCUGAUGGUUGUUAUCGCUUUUCGAGCAACCAAACCUGGAAGCAAUAUGAGAAAAUGGCUGGGACCCAAAGUUCCGGCUGUGGUCAUUGUAAUCUGUGCCUCCAUACAGGUCUUCAUCUGUGUCUCCUGGAUUCGGCUUUGUCCUCCAUUCCCAGAGAAGAACUAUAAGAUAAAGGCUGAGGUCAUUAUCUAUCAGUGCAAUGAAUGUUCAGAUGUGUUCUUGUGGUCCAUGCUCGGGUACAUGGCAUUUCUUGCUUGUGUCAGCUUUAUAGUUGCAUUUCUGGCCAGGAACCUUCCAGACACUUUCAAUGAAGCCAAGUGGAUCACUUUUUCCAUGUUGAUCUUCUUAAAUGUCUGGAUCUCCUUUGUCCCAGCCUAUCUGAGCACCCAGGGAAAAUUCAUGGUGGCCAUUGAGGUAUUUGGAAUCAUUUUCUCCAGUGCUGGGAUCUUAGGUUGUUUUUUUUUCCCCAAGUGUUACAUUAUAUUAUUUCGACCUGAUCUCAACACCCGUGGGAUCCUCCUGGGUAAAAGUACCUCCCAGAGGACAAAGAACUAGGUUUCAUAAAAUGUGUGAGGACAAGCAUUUAAUGGAUUCUGAACACAUUAGCCAUAAAAAGUCGAUAUCUAUUAGAUUUUUCCUUUUUUGUCCCCUCCCUCUACUGGACAUUCUUUAAAGUGUACUGUACCCAUGUGCCAGCUACAAAUUUUGGGGUACCGUGAAUUCACUUGCAUAACUGUAUUGUGUUAUUACACUGUUAUUACAGCUAUCUCAAAUGUGUAAGGCUUAAACAUCUGCUUAUUCUGUAUUAGAUGAUUGAAUUAUUGGUCACAUGACAAGUUCCCCAGAUAUUUUCUAUGCAGAAUCUCCUAGAAAGGCUAAGGGAGUGGUUUCAAUACAUAUAACUUAGCAAAUUGAGAGCCACCUCACCUUUACACUUAGGAUAGAGUUUUAACCUAGAUAUGGAUACAUGGAUAUAAUGUAGAGAUGUUUUUUCUCUACUUAUAUCUUACAUUGUUUAUUUUAUAACACUCACAAAACGUAAAUCACAAAAUCUGUAAAUUGCUGUCUCAUUUGUUGUAUCUUGACUGCCUUCUGACUAUAGACCCUUAUGACUGCAGUAGCUCUAUACAAAUUUUGGCAUUGUGACCAAUAAAUAAAUUCGGUUGCCAAAAAUGUGGGGUUUGGGAUUUACAAAAUUUGAGUGUUAAUAGAAAGAAAACUCUAAAACUGAUUGGAUUUUCUCAUAUUCAUGAAGAAAUUAGGCUAGUUGGGGAUGCUAGGUGCAGAGG